AUGGUGAGGGGAUUAGACAACAGCGUGGAGACUGUGAAUGCCGCCGCCUCUGCGAUCAUCCAAGCCGAGAGCCGUGUCCAGCAAGUCACAUCCCCGGUAAUUUUAUACCCCUCCUUGAAAUAAAAUGUUGUGGUUAUGGAUUUUCAUGCCUAAUUUUGAUCUCCCCUCGUCCCUCCCUCUCUCUGUCUACUCUGAUCCGAAUUUGGAGAUCCCUCUUGUUCUCAAUUGAGAGAUAAUAUAUGCAUAUGUGGCUGACCGAGAUGUGGAACGACGAGCGAUUUCUUGUUGCGUACGAUUUCAACCUUGCUUCUAAAGUUCUAGUUCCAUGCCUGGUUAUUUUCGCUACGAAUCCGCAGAUGCAUUCUUCCUUUGCUGGCAAGAUUAACGCGUAGUAUUUCUUCAUUUAUUCCUCUGGUUAAUAUCAUUAAAUGAUUUCUUAUUGGGAUUAGCGCUACAGAAAUUGCUAUGCUCUAUGGUAAUGAAGCAUGAAGGACAUGACUCCCGAUGCCACGAUCCUAGAAACAACUCGCAUCUUUUCUCGAUUGAUGGCGAACAGAUGCAGGCAAUUGGGACUUGUUCCUUUGAAAUAUCCGGAUUUCUUCUCUAAUUAGAUGCACGAAGAACUUAAAUUUUCUGAAAGAAAAUAGAUAAAUACGAUAAUAAUGCUUUAAGAUACCGAUCAUGAUGUUCCGAGUGUAGCUCCGACUGUCUUUCAGAAUUUUCAUCCCUGAUUUCAUAACCAGCGUCGACUGUAGAAGUUUUUCGGUGGGAAUAUUUAUCUCUGAUUCGAGAAGAAUUUGGCUUUGCCCCAAUGGAGAAGGCUCUAUUUCCUGGUGCAUAUGAAUGACGACUUUAUGAUUGAUUUCCAGUUUAUUCAAAUUUCCCCAAUGGUCUCCUUGAAUCCUUGUUCGAGUACAGAUUAUCUUGGCGAUUGCCAUGUGGGAAAAAAACUCUCAGAGACCAUUUCCUUGCGAAAUGUAUGCAGAUUCAUUGGCAUGCAUCUUAUUCCUUUUUAAUUCAUUUUUUCUCAUGUGCUUCUGAGAAUAAUAAAUUGGACGGCCUCCACUUUUGGAGGAGAACACAGAGAUCCGUUUCUUGUCUAGUGCUGCUUACUGGGAGUCAGCCCGGCAAAAAUAGCAGACCAGAUGGCAGAGAGCAGGUUGCCCAGGUCCAAAGAUUACUCCAGAUUAAUUGAAUAAAGUUAUAUAUGUUAUGUGAUGGCUGGUGCAAACCUGUGUCCACAUUCUCAGGCUCUCAAACCCGUCUCUGUUUCAAUCCUUGUAUCUAGGAAGAAAAUGGUAGAAUGCCGUUUGGCCUUGCUCUUUAAGGCCUUUCUGUGGUCUGUAAGGUGAUCUCAUCUUAUCUUCUUGGGCUCCGAUGUUUGCAUGUUAUUAGGCCAUGGAUCAUUUAUCUCGAAGGUUUUCUGGAGAAUCUUUCUACCAUAAUCGCGGAGAUGUUCCUGUGUCUUUGUUUUCUAUCUAGUAUUGAUGUCUCUUCUCAUCCACUGCUGUGAAAAGCUGAGGGUGAUCGAUCACGAUAUGCAGAGGAUCAGACUCAUCUUCCGGCGGCUGAAGAGUCUCUUGACUGUUCGGUGAAGAACGCUUUCUGGGUCAUUUCAAUGCGCAAUUUUUUCAGAUUCUUUCGAUUUUCUCGAGAAGUUUGAGAUUUCUCUUCUUCUUCUUCUUCUUCUUCUUCUUCUUCUUCUUCUUCUUCUUCUUCUUCUUCUCUCUCACAAUCCUUUGUGUUACAUGAUGAACAGAGGAGGAGACUGGGAGGCUGCCUCAACAUCUACUGGUGCUUCGGGUCCCAGAAGCAGGACAGGCGCAUCAGCCACGCCGCCUGCGUCCCGGAGGCGGUGCUGCCAGGCUCCGACCCAGGCUCGCUAGAGAACCCCGGGCGCCCACCUCCUCUCCUUCUCCCCUUCACCGCCCCUCCUUCCUCUCCGGCCUCCUUCCUCCAGUCCGGCCCAGCCUCCGCCACUCUCUCCCCCACCGGUCCUCUCUCCCUCUCCACCCUCGCCGCCGCCGACGCCUGCUCCCCCGGCGGCCCCGCCUCCAUCUUCGCCAUCGGCCCCUACGCUAACGAGACCCAGUUGGUCUCUCCGCCCGUUUUCUCCACCUUCACCACCGAGCCCUCCACCGCGCCGCUGACUCCCCCACCGGAGCCCAUGCACCUGACGACUCCUCCCUCGCCGGAGGUCCCCUUCGCACGCCUCCUCACCUCCCUGGAUUCCACCCGGAAGAAGACCACCGAACCCUACGAGUUUCAGUCAUACCUUCUUUACCCCGGGAGCCCCAUCGGCCACCUCAUCUCCCCGAGCUCCGUCUGCUCCGGCGACUCCUCGCCGCUCCCCGCCGGCUGGGAGCAUCCUGCGGCCGCCGGCGCCGGUGCGGAGAUUCCGGGGGAUCACAGAGUCUCCUUCGAGCUGACGGUGGAGGAGGUCGCCCGCUGCCUGGCGAAGGAAUCGACCGUCCCCGGACGAGUCUCCUCGGAGCCGGCGCCGCAGGAGAACCACCUACGCUCCGCCUCUCGCGGCGCGUCCAGGGAUUUCAAGUUCGACAACAGCGACGGGCUCUCCGAGCCGGAGGAGCAGCGGAAGAACUGGGCUUUCUUCCCCAUGAUCCAGUCGGGAGCCAGCUGA